AUGGAUGGCUAUCGAUCAUUGGCUCAACACAUGAACCGGGUCGCUCAAACCGAUUGGUCGGAAAAGACAGCGCGCAGUCGCUUCGAAAGUUUCAUGGCGGCCUACCGCAAGGCCAAGCGCCAAAGUCCGCAUAACUUGCCAUUGGUUUUUCAACGAGUUGACGUUCUGUUCGGAACGAAUGGAGACGUGCAAAAUAUAUUCAGAUUGGAGAGUCUCGGUCAGAAGGUAAAAGAGAGUAGGCCUUCUUUGGUGUCGAAAAAGAAGCACGAGACGGUCUUGCAGGACCUCUUGGUGGCAAAUACCGAGGUCAAGAUAAAGGUCGCAAGUGGCGAGCAAAAAUCACAAGAGUUGACAACACCUAAUACUAAUGACCACGCGUUGAACAUAGAAAGCCAACGACUGGCGGUGAAGCAGGAGGAACUAAAACUUAAGCAGUCCGAACUGCUUACUCGACAUGAGGAGAAUCGGCAAAAACUGCGGGCAGAAGUGCUUACAAGAUUGGUAGAAGCUGGCAAGUCACCGGCUGAAGUGCGUGAAUACCUUGCUAUCAUGGACGCAGUUGACAAUCCUUCAUCAACUCGCCCAUAA